CAUCUUCCUCGACUUAUUCUCCUCUCUGUCAAAACUCAAAACCCUCUCUCCUUUUUUUUAUCCUUUUUCCAUUGUUCUUCCGUUUUUGUCGUUGUAUGAUCCCUAUCUGUUUAAAUUCAUCCAUUUUUAUGCUGCUACUCUUCGUCUGAUCAGUAUCAUGUCUGUUGCGUUUGAGACUAAUACCAACAGCGAUUCUAAUCGGAUCAGGUCGCCUGGGUUUGCUCAAGGGAUGUGGAUCUACAACUCAUCGGAGACCGCUAGAUUCACUGGAGAUGAUCAUCGGAGUAGCAAAUUCCCUGUCGAUAAGGACGAAGAUGAUCAGGAUUCAAGCAGUUCUUCGUCAAUCGGCAAUAACAGUGACGCAUCUGGCGGCGAAGGCGAUUCCGAUGAUGACGCCGGCGGCGGCGAGGUUCAGAGCUUGUUUAAAGGCUCAUUGAAUAACUUAUGCGCUUUGGAACAGGCUUUGCCGAUCAAAAGAGGUAUAUCGACAUUCUAUGCUGGAAAAUCGAAGUCAUAUACAAGCCUAGCUGAUGCAGUAUCUGCUCCAUCAAUCCAAGACAUUGGUAAACCAGAGGAUGCUUACAACAGGAAACGCAAAAACAUGAUUGCUCAUGGUGUAUUCUUGGAUAAAACUCGUAAUUUUGGCUCUAAAACAGGGAUAUCGAAGAGAUCAAACAACACAAAUGGAGUUGGUGAAACUGAAAAUGAAACCUCAAGCUUAAGCUUAAGCUCAUCCCCUAAUCUUUCUCUUCCCCCACGUCCUACAAGAUUACCCACUAAAGAAGUUACAGCUUCAUCAUCGCCUAGGGCUAGGGUUUAUUCUUCUCCAUGGAGAUCUUAUUCUCUGUCAGAUUUACAACAGGCUGCUGGUGAAACAUCAAGAAUAAAAAGCUCCCUUGAUAACAUAAGAGAUAAGGAUGAGGAUGAUUAGAUAGAUGUUGAUGUUAAUUGUUAUGUUUGAAAGAUGAGUUUGUAAGGUGUUAGGUCUGUAGCUGGUUUCCUUUUUCCCGUUUCCUGUUAACUGCCCUUUGUACUUACUACCUUGAGGGCAUUUCUGGAAUUCAGUGGAUUUUAUGUUUCCUGUAGUUUUUCCUUGUAUCCUUAUGCUUGUUAUAUAUAUAUAUAUAUAAUCAAAUAAUCAAAUGUCCCCUUUUCAUCA